GUUUGUAAAUUCUGUGGAGAUAGAAGCAAGGUUUCGUGAGAGCUUCAGCGCACUCUUCUGAAAGUUCCGGGUUCGUCGACUGUUUCGAUGACAUCAAGGUCCUGGUACCGGAAUUCGUGGUAUUAUGGGAACUGAACGAUACAUGUAUAUAAAAAGCAGAACCGCAACUGAAUUUCCUUCGUUAUCACAUUUCUAUUUUCCAAAUGUCGGACGAGCCUUGUACUCGCAUUUUCCUAUUCUCCCACCUCCGAACGAGGUCGAAUCUGUUCAUGCGUUUACUUGAGACCCAUCCGAAGGUAUUAGACAGGCUAUAUCCGUUCAAAGACGCCUUCAUGAAUGGUCCCGAGUGCCAGAACGCGCUUUCGACCAAGAAAGGGAGGGCUGCGGCCAUUGGAAAAUCCAUGCAGGAGUUUGAGGAGACGUUCGCAAACACCACAUUCCAAGCAGGCUUGGAUAUCAUGGAAAAAACCAUCGCUCAAGCCGAGUCAGAGGGGAAGAUUGCAGUCAUUAAGGAACAUACAUGCUUCAUACUUGACUCGAAUACUCUGAACAGCCAUGUGGACUGUCGCAGAGAGGCAAAGCCUCGACCUGUCAUAAUAGAUCAUCAAUUUGACAUACGAACGACGUACGAAGACAAAGAAAAAAGUGUACAGUACGAAGAGCUUCCUCUCCGGAAUCCUACCUUACUACCCGAUCGCAUGAUUGCUACUCUUCAGCCGGUAAUCAUAAUUCGACAUCCCUUCUAUACAUUCCCUUCCGCUUUGCGAGCAUCUUCAUCGUACGGCGCAAAUGUUUUAGAUCCUGACUUUGCCAUCAUAGCAACUUUUCGCUGGCAAAGACUUGUCUUCGACUUUUAUCAGGAGUACUGCGAGAGGGAGCGUAAGCUUAGCUCUGGACGGGGAAAUUGGCCCAUCGUGAUAGACGGAGACAAGUUGAUCAGCGAUACAAAAGGUCAAAUGACAAGGUUCUGUGAAAUAGUUGGCCUGAAAGAAUCGGAUAUCCAGUAUUCAUGGGAUCCGCAUUAUGUGAAGCGAAACGCAGUCUGGGAUGCGUUCACCAAGGUAGCCGAGGAAUCCACAGGAGUCAUCAAGACUUCGGAUACCAUCCAACCACCGGAUAUUACUGAAGCAAUGAAAAGAUGGGAAAGUGAGUGGGAUGCAGAUGUUGCACAAAAAUUAGCGGAGUUUGUCGAGCUUGCAAUGGACGAUUAUAAUCAUCUACUACGCCACAGCAUAUAGACUUUAUUUUCUGUAACGGGACUUGCAGAAGGGGACAAAUUUAGCUAGCUAGGAGUUUUCAGGAACAGUAAUCAUGUUGGACAAACUGAUAAAUCUUCUAUUCAUUCAUGCAAUUCAUGCACACCUUCAUUUGAUGAACUUUUGUGACUGCGGAUAGCAUACCUUACAUGAGGCUCAAACUUCUGACAAUGGCCUACAGUCGUCUCCUUGAAGAC